GAUGAAUUACCUCGUCUAUCAAGACAACAACUUGUUUCAAGAAUUUUCAUCUGGGAUCUACUGAAAACACUUGUGAUUGAAGGUGAGCUCUUCGAUUAGAUAAGAACAGUCUCGUCUGCGUAUCAAUCUUCCACUUCUACUGCUAAGCAAUAGCAACCACAACGGCAAGAUGAAAUCUGUCGGAAAGAAGCGAGACAAGCGCACGGCGGCGAAGCGCGUAAAGCGAGAAGAGGUAAAUAUAUCUUCUGUUUUGAUGCUACUUCACCUCGAGAAUGAGUUCUUCCAUUAAGGAUUGGCAAUGUGAGUUUUUCCUUCGUCAAAAACCUUGUACUGACGGACUAAGUCGGUCUCCAUCUUCAGGAAAGCUGCGGCAGUGCGGGUCAGGCUGAUUUUGUGGAUCAUCAGGCCGAUUUCAUGGGCGAAAAGAAGCUAGAGAUGGGAGCAUCCAGCGACGAAAAUGUAUCUCGCGACGAGAUCGUGACAGCCUCGCCGACGCCGACUGCAGAGCAAGAGGGUUUGGACACGCUGCUUAUGAAGACUCAUUUCUUUUGGACAUUUUUCUCGCGUAUGUUGCUUAGAAGUAGUAGUUAUGUCAACAGCGCACCAUAGAUAAGAAUAACACCAAGAGGGACGGCAUCAUCUCUAAUCAUUGAGUCGGGUAUGACUGUGAAGUUAGGAACAGGUUACCUUUGUGUCAUUUUGACUCGAAGUCCUCAAAAAUAAAGGUAUUGGAAGAAUAUUACUCAAUGAAGAAGACCCCCUUCGCCUUCUGGAGAUAUAUCAUCAAUCGCUAAAACGUCGUACGGACAAGAGACAAAAACGACGAAGAUCCCCCUCAUAGUGGCCCUGGUUGUGCUCGUCGUUUUGGUGUCGGCUCUUUGGUAUCUCUGCAUCUCCAGCGCUUUCAUGCCAAACAACUUAUGAACAAGAACUUAGUUUUUAAUCUAAAAAAUGGGUUGAUGUUUCUUUACGUGAUAAGCAGUAAGAGCAUCGCUCGAAGUAAGUGUAAAUGAAGAUGCAGCUGGUUUUGUGCGUUGUCCACGCUUCGAUCAGGUAUAAUUCCAGAACAACCAUUACAACAGCGCAUGUAAUAUAGUUACAGCUCAGGGAAUCGGUGAGCUGAGACAUGCCAGUCUUGGGGUUGUCCGUGAUCGCUCAGAGGGUGGCGCCUCUGAGCGUGAGAUGCCGGGAGGCCUGAUCGCAGGGGGUGCUCAAGAUCAGGCCCCUGACCCUCUCUGCCCGUCGAGGGUAAGCUCAUCGGCUUCUUCAUUUAUUACCUCUGUUCAUUCCCUUCCCAAUUUCUGCUCUCUUCCCUCUACCGAAACUCCCACAAUCAAAACUUUCGGAAGCGUCCGAGUGUAUUUGUGUAGUGCUAAGUUAGGAGUUUAAUAAAGAUUCUUUCAUUGACUAAUCCACAUCCACUAUUCGUCUAGAAAAACAGCAUUACAGUUAAGUAUGUUUACUUGUGGCUUCCUCUCUACUGCUACAACAGAUUGAUAGUACACUACACUGAUAGAUUAUAGUGCUUUUUGGCAGAAAUCAUGAAUCACUUGACAAGGAGUUUUUAUCUGUAGUACUCAAUUGAAUCAAAAAGAUUUUGGUCGUCUCGUCUAACACAAACACAUGUUGUGAGCAGUGAAGACAGAAUUGCGGAAGGCAAGUCGAAGAAGUUUUUCCCUCGCAGCCAAGGUGCUGCGGACCAAUCUCUGACUUCACCUGACUUGAAGACGGCAAUUCAUACCAGCACCAGUGCAGUGUUAUGAUGCGGAGCACUAUUUUCAUCGAGUAGAUGAACCACAACCAAGUGCUAGCGAUUGCAACUGGACUAGUCUAAGAAAAGAAAAAGGCCACUAAUCAAAAAAGGAGAUGGAAGUACACUAGAGGACUAAAGAACAGGCGCGUCUGCUUCUAUUGUAAGACAUAUUUGUCGAAGUCGAGGUGAUUUAUUCAUUACAUGAGUAAAAGAAUGAAUAAUUUGAAUAAGAAAGAUUAAGAGUAGGCGAACUAACGUAGACACGCAGAGCCCGCCUUCCUUAAAUGGGUAACGGGAGGCAGAGCGCUGCCAAGUAACAACAUGGCGCCACUGCGUGGCGCGAGAGAGGUGAGCCCAUGCCUUCCGCUUCCUUCUGUUGUAUGGGGCGCCACUAUUGUUCUGAUAGAGCGACAAGCUUGGGGAAAGAUGGGAAACCCUGCCCAAGUUGGAUCUCUGUGGCGAGGACACUAGGCCGCCUUCUUUUGCGAGACAUUCUCACUUUUGCGAGCGCUUCGCCAUGAAGUCACGCGACGGACUGCCCUUGUGAGUCCCGCCGACUCUACCGCAGAAGCAGUGGCGCUAAAAAUCUAAGCCGGCCCCUUGGGUGCGACGUAGUUCGCCGGCUUGGCCCGGAUGCCGCGCCCUUUUGGUCCCCCUUGGCCGCGACUGCUUUGGGCGACCGGGUUCGCCUCUGCUUCGCGCUUUCUUGUGUUACGGCGCGACCUACUGCGACCAAACUAACACUCGAGGACCAAUUGGGCUCCGCGUGUGACUCUCGGGCUGCGUGAUUGAUGUUGGAGCACCUCCAGGCUUCCUACAGUAACUAACUAACUAACUAGAAGGCGCGAAGGGUCAUUGCCUGUAGUGUCUAACACGGACACCGUUCUUGCUUCAGACCGAAGCUCGAGUGGCCGCAGUGCAACCUGAUGGAAAUAUUGCUGGCGACAAAAAUGGGGCCUGGAAAAAGACGGAGAAAGGGGAAGACAAGAAACAUGCCGAGCAAAUUGCUGGGGAAUUAGUGCCAAUGAUUUGGCAGAUGCCGCCUGAGGAACUUUAUGACGGAAAAUCUUUUUCAUUUGAGUCGGGAGUCAUAAAUUGCUGAACCUAAAAAAAAUUGUCAAGAUGAAUUGAGGGUAAGGAACGCAGGCUACCGGAGACGCCAGCUGUGUGAAUGCUCCUUGCUAUCUGCAAGCUGGUGUAGUCUAGCACGUGACGUACCUACACGACGGGAGUGGUAAUAAAUGCGAUGAUAAUGCUGGCCUUCGCAGAGCUUGUGACUCCGUGAGUCAAUUAAUGUUUUUGCUAGCGAAUGUUGUACAGCAUAGAGUUUGAUCGUUUGUUUGUUUGUUUGUUUGUUUGUAUGUAUGUAUUGAUGCGCACCGGGCAAGGCAACGCAUCCCGCCGGAUUUCUUUGUGCUUCGUGUGUUUUGUGCUAUCGUCGCCGUUGCGAUUAUGGUCUGUCUAGCCUUCUUGGCCGCGCGUUGCCUUCUCGGUCGUUCCCGCCCGCUAGAGUGUGUCGGGCUAUUCAGGGGGCGGCGUAUGUGGGUAGCGGCUGACGCAGGUGACGGGGUAGCGCGGUCGGGCAGCUUGGUUGCCACUCUUGCUUUCUCGGUUCUCCUCGUUCGGCUCGAGGCUUUCGGGGUGGGGCUGCUCGGCGUCCGUACUUGCUUGCUUCGUUCGUCUUUCUUCGUGCUUGCGUCCUGUCUUUGUUGGUUCUCUUUGUCGUUAGAAUAUUAGGCAUCAAAGUGAUUUUAUGCUAAUAUAUUAUGCUAGUGCUAGACUUGAGCGCCCGGCAGCACUCCUCCCACUGGGUUCUUCACUCUCUACACGCACGUCCCCCGCCCCGGCGUGCUUCUGCCUCCUCGGCUUCUUCUCAGCCCGACAACCGUCUGGCGGAGCUGAUCGGCGGGACAGGAGCAAGGGCGGGGGCGUGGCGGUACUCAAAAAGGAAGGCGCUGCAAAUCAUUGCCCGGAAAAUUUGAAAAUUUUCCAAGUCCUCUCUUCAUUAAUUUAAAUAUAAAAUCAAAAGUCUGGCCUUUUUUUUUUCUGAAUGUAACCAGAGCUGACAGUCAUGAGCUGUCAACAGAGCUGACGCGUUGGGUUGCGCAGGUCCAAGCGCGAGCUCUGAACUCGGUCACGUAUGCCAGGGCUUCGCAAUCGUUUGGACGUUUGUCAGCGAGAGUAAGCAAGUUCAGAGCGUAAGAACGGCGCGCACGUGAGUACAACAAGGAAGCACGACAGAACAAGCCAGGGCGAGCAUCUUGGGCGCGUCGCAUCUUAUCGCCAUCUUUCGGCAUUUGCUGCGAGCAAGAUAGAUUGCGAGCAUGUUGCCACGUGUAUGCAAGUAAGCACAAACGUAAAAAAUAAGGUAAGCAAUUUUCGCGGAACUUUGCUACAACUUAGGGAAGGCACUCAAGUGCCGACGCAAAUCCCAAAUACAUGGAUGGCAGUUGUUGCGUGAAGAGAGCAGUCAGCCGCGGUUGCACUAGUUAGGCCGGCUCCACCGCGUUCGUAUUCAUAUAAGGGCGAAAGUUCUGAGUUUGAGACAGACUUUGAAACUUGAAACGAACCUUCGAAGCUUCGAGCGAAUUAAGGCUCUGGCUGGGUUUGGAGCUGCAUGGAGCUAGCUCCAGGCCCGAAGCCUCAAGCGUAGAGCUGUUUGCUUUUUGGAAUCAGUGGCGGCCCUUUGCAUAUCUAUAAAUAUGUCCCAGGGAGGGAGGCCCGCCCCGUUUGUGGAUGGAGCGGCGGUGGCGGCCGCGUGCCCUUUUUCUCGCGGUGGCGACAUGUAAGUAAGGACUGCGCGCGGCGAAGGCUUCAAAAGGCUGAGCCGGAGGCCUCUGGCGGCUGUCCGCGUGUGCCGCACAGGUGUCUUGGCUCUUGGAGUUGGGCCCCAUCGAUCAGGGGGGCGGCCUCUGGGGGCCGGAGAAUGAAGGCGGCCACGGUCGCGAGGCUUGGCCGCUUUGGCGCUCAUCCCCUCAAUUAGUGACAGCGCCAGCCGCCACCGGACGCCUGGGAGGUAGUCGAGGACCAAAGGCGAGAAGGAGCGGGGGCAAGGCGUGCCCGCCUGGGUUCAUUCAUCUGUCGGAUACACGCAGCACGGCCACGGCGAAAGGGGUCAGGCUGUGUUACCUGCUGCCCUCGGAGGCCUCCCACCUCUUAAGGCGCUCCUCCUUCCAGUGAGGAGCCCGCACGCGGGAGGCCGGUAGGGUACACGCAGCACGGCGUGGGGGGCUUGUAGAGUACAGCAAGCAACGCGGCAAGGGGUAGGGGGUCAAGCGGUGCCACUUUUGCCGCCUUCGGAAGCCUUCCACCCACGGCCACGGCCGCAGGGGUUUGGGUUCUGACUGUAGGGCACAGGCAAGGAGCCGCGAGGACGCGAAGGUGGGCGUGUCGUGGAGGCCUUCCCGCCGGGUAGUUCCUCGACUCGAGAAGAAGGGGCCGGGGCUGGAGGCUUCCGCCUCAAAAAUUUAGAUCGAUCGGGGGGUCUUCAGCGUUGAGCUUUGGGGCAUAUGAAUAUAAAAUCAAAGUUUUCAGGUUUUAAGUUUCAGCUGAAAUUGCGACUAAAGCUCGUCGCUGCUUAAAUUUUUGGUAAGCCAUGGCGCAUAAGUUCGCGAGGCAUAUAAACGCAAAGCUUUUUGGCUAGAUUUUUGGUUUUCAGUUAUUUCUGCCAAGCCAUGGCUCAUGAGUUCUCAUGAUCAUGGGGUCGCGCGUUCGUGUGUUUGCGUGUUUGUGUAAAUUCAUGUGUUGAGUUUGUUAGUUUGGUGGUGUGUUGGAAAAGAGUGGGAGGGAAGAGAUAUCCUACGGGGGGUCGCUUGUUUUUGGUUCAGGUGCUUCGGGUUCGAGUGCUUCUGGUUCGAGUGUUUCUGGUUCAAGUGUUUCGGGUUCGCGUGCUUCUUGUUCAGGUGGUGCUUCGGGCUCGAGUGUUUUUGACUCACUUCAAGUGGUUUUGGUUCGAGUGUUUUCGGUUCCGAUGUUUCUGGUUCCGGUGAGUUUAGUUCAGACGCUUUCGAUUUGGUGGUUGGAAGGAGAGUUUUUGACUUUUUUUUUGCUCUUUAAUAUCAAACUAUGGGGGCGGGCGAAUGGGUUAGGCUCUUGAUACGAUCAUCACAAAGACGAGACGUCAUCGUUUGGGCCGGGCGUCAAGGAAUAUAAUAUUCAAUAUCAAUUCUGGUCAUUUUUCUUUGAAAUUUCUAAAGUGAGCGGACCAGAAUAUUCAUUUUCGAGGCGGACCCGAUCGCGACUCUGCACCUCGACGAAAUUGACCUUGCUUCUACGGAUUUCAACUGGGUGAAAAGCAUUUUCGGCAAUAUCGAUGAAUACGGGGCAACGAGGUUUCCGUCGACAAGCACUCCGGUUUUGCCUUCUAGUGGGUUUCUUCAAGCCCAACGAGCGCAACCUCCUCUAGGUCAGUUCUGGAACGCUUUAUGGUGACCGAUUCUUGUGAUGUUGUCCUCUGGUCGUUCACUGGUCAGUCGUACGAAAUAACCCGUCCCACAACUUUUUCUGGAAUGUACAUCGGCGAAGGGUGAAAGACGGCAUAUCUUUUAGGGAAUCCUGGUAGUAUCACAAUCGCUAUCAUGUUGAAGGUCGGCGUCAUAUCAAUCCCUCUCACUCUUAAUAGAUAGGAUUUCAUCAUUCUUCUUCUCUAAUGCAGCCGCGUGUUGUACCGUUUACUCCGCCUGGCCCCGUUCCGCCUCUGCACCCGCGGCCUAUUCCUGGAGCAGUUCCGCUUGGGCAGCCAAAUUUUGCUGGUCCUGGCGCUCCGGUUCCGCAUCCGCAGCCUCACGGUCCUGGAGCAGCUCCGCUUGUGCAGCAAAAUUAUCCUGGUCUUGCUCCUCCGCCUGGUCCCUCUCCGCCUCUGAAUCCACAGCUUCUCGGCCUUGGAGCAGUUCCUCCUGUGCAGCCAAAGUUUCCUGGUCUUGCGGCUCCGCCUGGUCCCGUUCCGCCGCUUUAUCCGCAGCCUCUUGGCCUUGGAGCAGCUCGGCUUGUGCAGCCAACUUCUCCUGGUUCUCCACUUCCGCAGCACACGCGGCAGUCGUCCAUUUCCUCAGCAAGGGUCCGAGGAGCAUGGCAGGCCAUGACGGAUGGGCUAAAAAGGGCGCAGCACCCUCUCCGUGAACAGGCAGGAGCCGCGCUUCACAAUUUGGUGGUGGGUGAUGUUGAGCUUCCGGGGGCUGCAGUUCAGGAGAAUGGCAGGCAAAAAAUUCCUAUAUAAGGCUAGUUUUUUCCUCCACUUAUUUGAAAUCCUUGAGUAACGCCCCGCUAGAGAAUGGUCGGUCCCACUUUUUGCGGAGAACAAUACUCGGAAGAAAAUUACUAUUAGUUACUAGCUCUUGAUCUUCCUAGAACAAUUUCUGGAGAAUGAAUGUGAAAGAGCAGGCACUCUUCGUCUUCUAACCUAACACUUACUCUGAUCCUCGCGCUGGCGGCCAUGUCAGCAACCACCUGGUACUCGCCCAGCAAAUUGGAAAAGGAAGCUUUGGCACUGCGUACGUGUCUUCUUGCAUUUCGGACCCGAACCAGGAAUGCGUUACUAAGCAGAUCAAGGUGCAGAACGGAGAGAGCGAGAUGACACUGUUGGCAUCCGAGAUUUUCAUCCAGCAUGUCCUUUUAAGGUUGUGUAUGUGGUGCUUGUGUAGAACGGAGUCCUAGCAGACGUCCUCCACCUGUUCGUGGUACUGCUUAAGCAAGCUAUGCCACCAGAUACGGAAACUAAGACUCGAAGUAGCAAUCAGAAGACAUCAAUAAAUAUACGACCACCAGCAGCAAAACCUUUCUCGUUGCGUUGUAGUUUUUCUUUUUCUCGCAUCAGUUAAUCGUAGUAUUUUUUUGUUGUUUGCUUUUGCAGGAUGCCUGAAAUGAAAAACGCCCCGUCUUAUGUUCGUUAUCAUGACUUAUUAUAUUUAUGCCAGGCGUCACUAGUGAAAGCCCAUCUACUAAAUAUGAUUAUGGUCACCCUCUUCUAAUAGUGUGGCAGUGGUUUGAGCUUAAAAAAGGAUCGCGAGUCUCUCCCAUUUUCACAAAUGCGGCGUUCGAGGCGGAAUCCUUUAAUGCGAAGCACGCGGCUCGGAUGGUAACACUAAGGCGACGACGUCAAUUUCAUCCCUCUGCGGAGGGAUCUAGCAAACAUCAUAUCAAUCAAUCCUGGGGAGAAACUCAGGAACACACUUCUAUCGAUCCGUUCUAAUCAGCACGAACUGCAUUCCGAGGGUCGACUCCGCCUUUUUCGAGAGCGAUGGGCAGGGAGGGUCCGUGUACCUUGUGAUGGAACGGGUAGAUAAGCCAGAUGGCGGCGCAACCGUUAUCAGCAAACUCGAAGCCUUUUACAAUUGUCUUUGGAUUCUGUUCAACAUCGGAGCCACGCAUUCUGAUUUCAAUUAUGCUCGAUGCCUCUAGUCCGCGUCUAGUCAAUAGUGCAUCACCUUGAUGAGGAUUCUUCAUUAGAAUUUGGAGUGUAAGGAGGAUGACAGCGAACGGUAGAUGUAGUACAAACAUGCGAAUAGUGAGCAGCAGUACGUUCGAAUUUCACGAAUCCACCUGGAACGCGACUAAGUACCUCUACCUCAUCUCUAGAAGCCACUUACUUGCUAAUUUGUGGCCGACAACCUUGGACUGAGCUUGCACAAGCCGGGUCAAAAGCAGGAACCUCGGCUUUUGGAUUUUGGUUUGUCGACUCUGUGGGUUCCUAAUCCACAAGCCUCCUUGGCAGAACCAGUCAUGCUACCGGUAGUUGGAUAUCUCAAGAACAUACCUGGCGGAAUUUUCGGGACGAUGCCGAUGCUUCAUCCGAACGGGUUGCGGAUUCGUAGUUGCUACGACACGACGCAGCAGUUUCGAAUACGGCCGUUGUUCGUUGAGUAAUUCUUCACUGAGUGUAGGACAAAACAAGGCGCUGCUGGGAAACGCCACAUAUAGAAUGGAUUGCUUGAUCGAUUUUUCUAGAAAGACACAAGCAAGGGGUCCUCGGUUCUUAAAAACCAGCUCAGCGCGCAAUCUAUACCCAUUUUUAACUCGGUAAAAUGAACUCGGAGGGUUUUUUUUCUAUUUGGUCGCUUUUCAUCAUGCUAGAUCAGCUUCUCAUUUGGGGCCUUCACUUAAUGCGGGAGAAUCCUCUAGUCCUUUUAGCCAGAAGCUUAACCCUCGCUCGCACAGUUAAGCCGCAAAUAAAGACUGGCCGCUGUUGCCUUGAAAAAGGUGACAGCUUAGGUCCAGCGACGCUCAAGGCCCACUGAGGGAGGAGGGUGGCUCCCCUCCCCUGCCGGCUUGGGUUAUUCUUCCUGUUUUUUAGAUAUUUGGCUUACUAGGGUAGAUUUUUAGAGGUCCUCCUUGGCUUGGGUUAGCCUGCUUCACCUCCUCUCCCCUUCCUUACUUGCUCUUUCGUCCUUCUCCAUCUUCUUAGACUUUACAUUCCCUUCGCUUUGCAUCUUCAUUAACACUACGAAUACUACUCAGACUAGUCUUACUGUUCUUCCUUUUAACUCGGUAAUUGCUUUUUAGUUAAAAUUACAAUUUAUUAUUGACUUGAUGAGAACCACCAUAGGGAAAGGAAGUCCAAAAAUGACCUCAAGCCUCAGUCUCCUAGCUGCCUACGCGACAGCAUACAGCAGCAAGGCUAGUGACUUGGCUCUAAUGAUAUACUUUUUCGUUUGAAGAGAUAGAAAGAUCUUGGUCUUCUUCGGUUCAAAACCUUAUUAUUGACUUGAUGAGAGAAGUGAUGCGCAUCAAUUUCAAUAAGAUACUCCUGCGCUAAUUCGCGAGGACCAGGCACUCCUGAACUCGCAAUUGAUUCUUGGUCUGCAGAGUGACUUGUAUGCGCUGUCUACGACAUGGGUUGGUUUGCUGUCAGCGCAGGGUAUGAGCGCGCGAGAUGUUUCGGGCGUGUUUCCAUUUCUCGGAGUAAUUUGCGGGUACCAGAUUGACGACACCCUACGCGAACAAAUCUUUCGACAUUUUGGUGGGACAAACGGGGUGUUGAGGUUAUGACCAAAGUCGAGUAGUAGACUUAUUUCAUUGAUACAUGAGAAUAAGAUUGAUCGAUCGGGACUGUAAAAUCUGCGAUGCUCUUCGUGGACAUAGUUGUUGUAGAGAAAAAGGCCAACUAGAACUAGGCUGGCCCUGUAGAGGAGGGCUGGGAAAGAUGUCACUUGGAACUAGGCUGCAAAUACUAACUUCUACAUAUUCAGAUUUAUUUUGUCCUGACGCUGACGGUUGCCGUUUCGCUUUCAGUUAUACGUUGCUCGGUUGGUAUUUCUAUUUCUUCUCUUUGUCAUCUCUCUGACUCUCUCAUGUCGGUUGCUGCGUGACGAUCCAUUCGACCGGUGUAGGCCCGACGCCAACGAUCCAGACUGCCACCCUAAAUCUGGAAAGGCAAUGAUUAAGGGUUCAUCUCAUAUUGCGUCUCCAACAAGUGCAAGUGUUUUCCUUGACCUUUUUCUGUUUCUCUAGUGGAAAGGCGUCAAGAGUGUUGGUUUGAAGAAUGCAAUAGCGCAAUCUUUAAUAUGAUGUUUGCAGAUCUCUGUAAACCAGAGCAAUUCGGACUGACUAAGUCUGACGUCGACCGUCUCGACCACAUGAUGAUAGGAGGGAGGCUGCCUCGUUGCUACCGCGGAUACACCACAACGCAACUACAGGGGAUCCUCUCCUACUUGAGUUAUGAAGAGCGACGCCUGAUUUCAGAUUUACCUAUAUUUGAAUAUACUGCACAGGGAGGGCGGGGCGGGAGUGGGGGCUCCCUCCCUGGGGCAUAUAUUUUCUAGGGCUCAGGGCUGAAGGCCGCUCCCCAUCUAGGGAGGCUGCGAGGGGGCCUCCAGCCCCGGACCCUUUUUGCCGAGAGAUGGCCAGGCGGGAAGGCCUCCAAACGCCCUCCGCCGCGCCCUCGCGGCUUAGUUCUUGCGUGUACCAUACAGAAGCCAAACCCUUGAGGCUGUUUAAGCACCGACGGCCGGGGGCGGGAGGCUUCUGAAGGCGGAAAAGGUGGCAAGGCUUGACCCCCUUGCCGUGUUGCAUGUCCCCGACGGGUCUGCCAGACCCCCCCACGUGUGCGGGCCCCUCGCGGGAGGAGCCUCCCGGAGGGCGGGAGGCCUGCGGGGGCACCAGGUGGCAAGGCUUGGCCCCUUCGUUGUGCUGCAAGCAUGUGUCUGACAGAACCCAGGUGGGCACGCUUUGCCUCCACUCCUCCUCGCCUUUGGUCCUCAACCUCCCGGGCGUGUGGUGGCGGCUGGCGCUGCCACCAAUUGGCUCAGGGGAUGAGGGCAACCCAGCAAAAGGGGCCGGGGCCAGGCUUCGCGACCGUGGCCGGCUUCGGCGGCUUUCUGCCCCCGGAGGCCGUCCCCCUGAUAGGGUCGGCCCAAGACCAACAGGCAGCUGGGACGUUCUUGAGGUGCACGCGGAGAGCCGUAAGGGGACUCCGGCUCCGCCUUUUGAGGCCUUCGCCCCCACCACCGCGAAAAAAGGGCGCGCCGACGCCGCCACAGCUCUACCCACAGGGGGGGCCUCCCUCAUUGUUACAUAUAUGGGCUUUGCUAGCCUGCGACGGACUCAUCAGAAUUUCUUACUCUUGUUCAGCCGUUGAAUAGAUAUAGCAACGGUGCCUUAGUCGGUGUACAACGCGCUGAAGGGUUGAACUUGAAGGAGGCGAACUAGUACUGUAAAAAGUGGGAGCUCUGUUUCAAGUUGGGGGUAAUCACAGACAGCAUGAUAAAGCUGUCUUUUCAUACGCAUUCGCAGACGCCGUUGAUGACACGGGAGGGAUUCGAGAUCAUUGCCACAGGGCUACGAGUUACAGCUGGUCGGGCACCUAGUCCGCCUUUCUCGCUCGUAAUGUACGACGCUGAUGCUGAGAUGCAGAAGGGAGGGUCGGUACCUUUUAACUUCAUCCAUCCGCAGCACUAUUAUUUUGAGAAAUAUUAAAACAGUCCGCAGGCAGCGGAUAUCGACCGAUACCGAAUUAGAAGACCCUUCCCGAGGGUGCGCGCUCCUGUAGUGAUUUGGCAUACAAAGUAGAUAUGUGCAGCUGUAUGAAUAUUUAUUAUUGAUCUUAUCACUGAAUAAAUACACUUUCCACAAAUACACUGCAAGAUGGGCGAAAUAGUUGGAAGGUGGCAGAUUCUGCAUUAUUUAUAGGGCCCCUCUUCCUCCGAUGAGUGAGCACGCUAGCCCACGCACCACCUGACUCUUUUGUUUGGGAGCGUGGCGUUGAUUCAAAUGCGUCGCGCCGCCUGUUGAAAAAGAUGAGAAGCGGGCUGUUUCUGUCUUGUGUGUAUUUUCACUGCGUUGCUAUUUGGUCCAGUGCGCUUUUCUUACUCACUUAAUUACUCAACUAAAGUAAAGCUAAACCACUCUAAGGCCUUGGCUUUUCUAUGGCUCAUCUCUCAGCCUCAACAGAUAUUAAUGAAGCAAACAGCUCCAACAGGUUGGCGCAGUGUGGAACCCUCUCGGAUGGGUCUCCUUUUUAGUGUAGUCGUACUUGGGCGACGCCGUCUUUUGAUGGACUUGAAUGCAGUCCCUUUUUUUCAGUUGUCUCAUCCGGCUUAUUCACCGCAACAACUACAACAGGGUCCCCCGAUUGGUCGAUUGAUGCCGCAAGGACAGCCAACGCCAAGUGGCCAAGAAGGAUUACCUGUUGCUCCUGUUGCGCCACAAGCUCCGCCUGUGCGGCCAAGUGGCCAAGGAGGAUUUCCUGUUGCUCCUGUUGCGCCACAAGCUCCGCCAGUACAGCCAAUUGCUCCAGUUGCUCCUGUUCCGCAGCCAGUUUUUGGCGCUCCCGGUGUACCGUUUGGGCCAGGUGAUCAGUUCAUCUAUCCAUCUGCGUCGCAAAACACUCCUCCUAUGGGUGGCCCGCCUGGACAGCCAGCUGCAUUUCUAUAUCCCAACCAGCAUGUUGGUCAGGCGCUGGCGCGUGCACAUUUUCCUGGUGGUCCUCUUCUAGCACCUCCGUCGCCAGCUGCGCCUGCACCACAAGGUCAAUCGCCGCACGGAUAUUACGAUAAUAACCACCCAGGUGCGCCAGCUCAUCAACAACAACCACAACAAAUGGGUACUCCAGCUUCCUCUCGACCAGCUCUUGAUGCUCAUUACGAUGAUGUUCUACACGGACUUCUCGAUAUUAAAUCAGGUCAUUCUCCUGGAAGGUAACUAUCAUGUUGUUACGUCUCGAAGUCAACGACAACUAUGGACGAACGAGGAAGACUGGAAAAGACUAGACUUUAGUUACUGGGAUGUUAUAAUAGACAGAUAGUAACUGUAACAGUGUGGAGUCAUCGAAGUCACAGUUUCUACAGCCUAAAGCAGGGAGAAGCUUCAGAAAUUCUCUAUUCGUAGAAAAUGUAGAUAGCUAUUCUUCAAUAAUGAAAGUUAUACAUAGUUAGUAUACAAAGAAAUGAGAACUACCAAUGACUCAGAAUCACUUACAGAUCAUCUAGAUCAAUGGGGAUAGCCGCGUAACACACGGCGUUGCAGUAGAUGGGCAAGCGUUUCGAAUGGUUUUACAUAAGAUCGGAUCGCAUAUUACGAUGAAGAAUGGAAGCCGACGCCCAUCAAUCGUAUUCAACAAAGUAUGGGGCAUGCAUGGAAUAACCACAAGAAAGAAAGCGAAUCUAUUUGUACAGCAGUCGUAUUUGUUUACAACAAAGCAGAGCCACACACGGAAAAUAUCGCAAAUGUAUGUACCAAGUUGAUCGAUGACUUGCGACGUUAUGGGAAUAGGAAUAAUAGACUCAUAGAAUCUAAUAUUAUAGUUUUUGUUUGUUUAAUAAGAAUGCGCAUACAACAAGGAAAUCAACAAUUAUAUGAAGUCAAAAAUGUACGUAGCAUUGAGAAAAUUUGGGAUGUCAAUUAGAUAAAAAAAGAAAUCAGGAAUCAUGAAAAUAUAAGCAGCAUCAGCAUUGAGUCACAAAAAUAAUAAAAGACGACUCUUCAAGAAAGAACGAAUAAAGAAUGUCAUCAGGGGAACAGGAACAAAAACCAUAUCUAUGUAUAUUUUAUUUUAUUAUAUUAAUUGGGAAACGCAUGUUGACUUGACCACUAGACUAUCUACGCACUUAGAGCAUAUGUUUAAGCAAACGACUAUGAUGAAUGGGGUAUUCCAAGAUCGGAUAAGUAGUGACGUGUACAGGAAAC